UGGCACCCAGACGCAGGGACACCUGGAUGCCAGCAGGUGCUGCACUCAGAAGUCCUGUGACACAGAGACCCUGACACUUACCCCAGAGAUGCUGCUGCUGCUGCUGCUGGCCCUGCUGUGGGCAGGGUCCCUGGCUCAGCAUCUAGGAUUCCGGCUGCGAGUUCAGAAGUCUGUGACGUUGCAGGAGGGCCAGUGCAUCUCCGUGCCCUGCACUGUGUCCUACCCCAAGAUAGGCUGGACUGAGGCUGCCCCAGCUCAUGGCUACUGGUUCCUGGAAGGAGCUGAACCAAACUCGGAUGCUCCUGUGGCCACAAACAACCCUAAUCGCAAAGUGAGAGAUGAGACCAGAGGCCGAUUCUACCUCGUUGGGGACCCCCAGACCUCCCACUGCUCCCUGCGCAUCAGAGAUGCACAGAAAAGGGACACAGGGAGAUACUUCUUUAGGGUGGAGAGAGGGUCCUAUGUGAAACACAAUUACAUUCAGAACCAGCUCUCUGUACAUGUGACAGAUCUGGUGCCUGACAUCCACAUCCAGGGCACCCUGGAAUCUGGACACCCCAACAACAUUACCUGUACAACGUCAUGGGCCUGUGACAGAGAGACACCACCCAUCUUCUACUGGAUGGGGGCCAACCUCACACCCCUGAGUCCCUGGACUCCCAACUCCUCAGUGCUCACCCUCAUACCAGGGCCCCAACACCACGGCACCAACCUCACCUGUCAGGUGGCCUUGCCAGGUGGUGAGAUCAGGGAGAGGACCAUCCAGCUCAACGUGACCUAUGCACUCCAGAACCUAACCAUCAUGUCCUGGCAACAAGGCACAGGAUAUAGAGUUCUGUCCAAUGGCUCAUCUCUCCAAGUCCAGGAGGGCAAGUUGCUGCACCUGGUGUGUAAAGCUGACAGCAACCCGCCCGCCAGUACAUGGUGGGCCCGGGGCAGCCUGACCCUGGAGUCCAUGGACCCAGGGGUCCUGAAGCUGCCCCAGGUGGAACUGGAGGACCAUAGGAAAUACAUCAGCCGAGCUCAGCAGCACGAGUCAGCCUCUCUGGAAGCCUCUGUGAUCCUCAGUGUGAAGAAUGAACCCCCCACAGCUGCAGGGACCCUCCUGCUCCUGGGAGGACGAGGGUCUCCACUGCAGCUGCUCCUUCCGAGCCCAGCCGGCCCCCUCCCUGCGCUGGCGGCUAGCAGAGGGACUGCUGAGGGGAACCACAGCAAUGCUUCCCACACAGUCACCUUCCACUCAGAGGAGCCCUGGGCCAACAGCUCCCUGAGCAUCCGUGAGGACCUUACGUCCAACCUCAGGCUGGAAUGUGAGGCCCACAAUGCCCGCGGGAAGGAGACAAUGACUAUCCUGCUGCUGCCAGGGAGACCAGGAUAUAGGACAGGAGUGAUUCAGGGGGCUGUUUGGGGAGCUGGUGCCACAGCCCUGCUGGCUGGCUGCCUCAGCCUCAUCAUACUGAGGAUCUGCAGGAAGAAAUGGGCAGAGAAGGCAGAGAGCCAGAAAGAUGUCUCGCAGGGUCACCUGAAGGCACCCUCCUCCCACUACCUGCCCCCAGUGCCAGCCACCUCCCCCUCAGAGCAUGAGCUCCACUACACUGCUCUCAGUUUCCACAACAUGAAACCACACAACCCUCAGGCCCAGGAGACCCUGUACUCUGAGGUCAAGAUCUGGAAAUGA